CAAAGACUCAUUUUUGAUUUGCGCGUUUUCACACACAUAAUUAUGUCAAGCACAAUGGGUUCAAAUGCUAGAGUUCACAGGGUAUCAGAAAUUAAAGAAUGUGAAAAUCAAUCAAAAUUUGUUAAUCAACGUGUUCAUGAAAUUGAAACAUUUUUUGGUAAUUUAUGCGCUGAACUUGUUAGUUAUACAAGGCGAACAUCGAAAUUAAGAAAUAAUGGUGAUGAAAUUGCACGUAUUCUACUAGAUUAUUCAAAUAAAGAACAAAUCAAUCGAACUACAUCAGAUGCUUUAAGAAAAGUGUCCGAAUAUUUUGUUACACUUGAAGAUUAUCGUAAUACUGAAAUUGAUCGAAUUGUUGGUAAAGUUGUAAAUCCAUUAGCUGCUUAUGGUGAAGAAAUUAAACAUAUCAAAAACAGUUUGAAAGCUGAAAGUGCAGCACGUAGAAGAGAGAUUAUGAAUAUGCGUAAAUUGGAACGAUCCAGUACAGUACAAUCAUCUAGAGAGAAACAACCUAAGGCUGAAAUACAAUUACACAAUGCAAUGAUUGAUGCUACUAGAAGUGCAAAUAAUUUAGAACGUUGUGUACUUGAUUUUGAAGGUCGUCGAUUGAAAGGUUUAAAAAGAAUUAUAACUGAUUUUAUUCAAAUUGAAAUGUUGUGGCAUGCUAAAGCAUUGGAAACAUUAACUUCAGCUUAUAAUGCAAUUCAAUUAUUACAUGAAGAAGCAGAUCUAAUUGAAUUUCGUGGUACACUACUACGUUCUGGAAGUAAUUUAACCAUGCUAAAUAAUAACAAUAAUCUUCCAAUCAGUCAACAAAGUCUAACUAUUGGUGAUCAGUCGUCACCAAUGAUUUCUCCGCCAGUAUCAAUAAGAGAUCAUCGAUCGUAUCGGCCGUCAUCAUCUGUACAUAGUUCAAUGAAUUCAAUGAAAACUGGUAGUCGUUGUAGUUUAACAUCAUUAGGUCGUAAUAAAAAGAAAAAUCAACAACUACAAGGUCAAAUACAACAACAACAACAACACGAUCAACUUUCCUACUCCCAACAGUUACAGCAACAAAGACAACAUUCCGGCAUAUCACAUCAGCAGAAUGAUGAUGUAACAAGUUUAUUUACUGAAGGAGACGAUGAUAUUAGCAGUAGCCACAAUGUUCAAGAAAAAGUAGAUAAUAGAAACUCAGUGAAUGGUUUACAAGAUCUCGAAGAUGAUGAUGAUGAUGAUUUCGACGAAGAAGACAACACAGAAAAUGAUGAUGAUGAAGAUGCUGAGGAAGAUGAAGACGGUGAAUAUAUGGUAAACAGUACUACUCAUUCACCAACACGAAUAUUAAAUCAUUCUGUAUCAUCCCCAGCUGCGAAUAGAAUAUCUGGAUCCACGCAACAUUCGCCAUUGAAAUCUGCACUAAAAACUGGAAUAUCUAAAUUAUAAUGACGUGAUAUUUGGUUUUCUAUUUUGUUGGUAGUAAAUUUAUCCUUUCAUAAUUAUUCAUCCAUAUAUUAGUUCUCUUUAAUAAAACAACAAAUAAACUGUAUAUGUAUAACAAAAUAACAGAUUGUCUGAACAACUGCACAUAUUUUUUAAUAGAAUUCACCGUUCUUGUAUUGAAUAUAAGUUGGUUUAUUUUAAUUCACUACACAUUACAUGACACUGAAUCACUCAAUAUUUCGCGAAAAAAGGUUACUUAUCUGUGUAUAUUACUUAUUUCUCAAAAAAGUAGUAUAACUGUGUCGCAUAAAUUUAUUGUCACAUUUAUCUCGUUUUUAUAUUUGAUUUCAUGUUCUUAGAUUUUUCAAUGCAAAUUUAAUAAUGAUAAUAUUUAUUAAUAAUGGUUGUGGUUUUCUGUUAAACAAUUAAUUAUACUCAAUAAUCCAAUUACAUACUAUCUUUUGUAUAAAAAUCUUAUUCGUUGAAUUUCUUAGUUUGUAAAUUCAGAUAAUCAGUAAUAUAUAUAUAUAUACAUUUGGUCAAAUUGUGAAUGUGUUCAUUGAAGUGUACUUUAUCCCUAUCCUAAAUUCUGUCACUAUUGACAAGUACUUUUUGGUAUUAUAUAGAAAAGAAAAAAACAAGAUGUAUGUUUUGAUAUUAGAAAAGAAAUAUAUUACUGAAUUCAA